CACCCUCAUUCAUCAUCUACAAUCUCUCUCUCUCUCUCUCUCUCUCUCUCUUUCUCUAAAGAUGGCCAAGGGAAGAGGCAGUGCAUCAUGGUCUGCUCGAGCCAUAGUGGCUUUGAUGUUGGUCUCAGUGUUGGUUCUUCAAGCUGACUACGUUCAAGCUGCGACUUACACAGUCGGCGAAUCCAACAGCUGGGCCUUCAACGCUGUGGGUUGGCCUACAGGCAAACAUUUUAAAGCUGGUGACGUUUUAGUGUUUAACUAUAAUCCGAGAAUCCACAACGUAGUGGCGGUAGAUAGUGGAGGGUACAACAAUUGCAAAACGCCGGCACGUGCGAGAACAUACACUUCAGGGAAAGAUCGUAUAACUUUGUCUAAAGGACAAAACUUCUUCAUCUGCAACUUUCCGGGCCACUGUGAAGCCGCUAUGAAAAUAGCAGUCACGGCCGUUUGAUCUUGAUCGAUCAUGCAAUCAAAAUAGUACUAUGAUCUUCACUUUGUUAUGUUCUAAAAAAAAUGUUUUAAGUAUCCAAGAAAGUUUACAUCUUAAUUAUUGUUGUGUCCCAUUUUGUUUUUUUGGUGUUGUUGUGUGUUUCGUUUUCUAUAUUGUUUUUCCUGUUACUAUAUUUUCUUUAUAAAUUAAGUCAGCACCAAA